AUGGCCGCCGCGGUGGGGGCGGGGCGUAUGAAGUGCGAAGGGAUCCCGUCCACAGGCCCUUGGCAUCUCAUCGCGACGGCAGAUCUGCCGCUGAAAAUCUCCGGCAUUGCGGAUGCGCCGCACCACGCCGUCCUUGCCUUGCCUUGCCUGCUCCAGUUUUUGUGGGGCUCCCGCCUGCAGCCUUGCAGCAGCUCCAAUUCUUCCUGCAUCCCACACGCAGCCUCGUCUCGACAUCCAUCGCCCGCUUCGUUUACAAGCAGUUCCCCGACAUUCUACGCGGUAAUGAAUCUCUUACUCUCCGACGACUAUCUCCUCCAAGAUUACCCCGAGAACAUCACCAACACCAUCCGAUCAGGCCACUCGACAUGUGUGCGCUUCAACCGCAAGGGCGACUUCCUUGCCUCCGGUCGCGUUGAUGGGACCGUCGUAAUAUGGGAUUUGGAGACUAUGGGUGUGGCACGGAAGCUCAGGGGCCAUUCUAAGAAUAUCACCUCACUGAGCUGGUCACGAUGCGGCCGCUAUCUGCUCUCGGCGUGUCAAGGGUGGAAGGCCAUUCUCUGGGAUCUGCAAGACGGAAAACGCCACCGCGAGGUGCGCUUCCGCGCUCCCGUCUAUGGAGCCGAGCUACACCCCUGGAACCACCACCAGUUCGCCGCUGCCCUCUUUGAGGACCAGCCAAUGCUCGUCGACAUCACGGAUCCCGCUGACGUGCGGUACGUCCUGCCCUCCGUCACCAAGCGGCCUAAUACAGAAACCGACGCGGCCGUGAGGGAGAAGCAUGCCAAGGAGGAUGCGAAACACAUGACGACGGCCAUCGUUUACACUGCUGCCGGAGACCACCUAUUGGCUGGCACCACGAAGGGGCGCCUCAACAUCAUCGAUGCGAAGACACGGGAAAUCAUCUACUCAGAAAAGAUAGCGAGCGGCAUUAUCACGACGCUACGGCUUACAGAAUCGGGAAAGGAGCUCCUCGUGAACGCUCAGGACAGGAUAAUACGAACUUUCAUUGUCCCAAACCUCUCUACAGCAGACCUCGAUCUCGACACGAUACAAAUACCACUUGAACACAAGUUUCAAGACGUCGUCAACAGGCUAUCGUGGAAUCAUGUAGCCUUCAGUGCCACGGGCGAGUACGUUGCGGCAUCCACCUACAACAACCAUGAGCUCUACAUCUGGGAACGGGGGCAUGGCAGCUUGGUGCGCAUGCUGGAGGGGCCGAAGGAGGAACAGGGGGUCAUUGAAUGGCACCCGCACCGCGCUUUACUCGCAGCAUGCGGUCUGGAAACGGGGAGGAUCAAUAUAUGGUCCGUCACGAGCCCACAGCGGUGGUCGGCCCUCGCGCCCGACUUUGUCGAGGUCGAAGAGAACGUCGAGUAUGUGGAAAAAGAGGAUGAGUUCGACAUCCACCCGCAAGAGGAGAUUCAGAAGCGCCGGCUUGACCAAGAAGACGAAGAUGUUGAUGUCCUGACUGUGGAGAACAGUGCCGGGCUGGGAGACGAUGUUGACGCGUUUCGAAUGCCAAUUCUUUUCAAUCUGGGGGAAUCAGACAGCGAAGAAGAAUUUGUAAACGUAUCACUUGGGACAUUACGGAGGAAGAGUCCCGGAGACCAGGACGAAGGGGAAAUGACAGGCGAGGAGAAAGGUACAGGGAAGAAAACAAGUGGAGCUGGCCGAGGCCGAGGCAGGCGAAAGUAA